GUUGGCUUUGUCUUUUUCUUUUUCUACACACGAUAUUUGGAAAGAAAAGAAGUAGCAAGUCGACGCAACACUUUCACACCACUUGCCUUUUCUGACUCCGACACAAAUUACACAGCUUACACAAACUGAACCUUUUGAUACCUCUUCACAUCAUGGCUUCAGGUACUUAUACCAAGGAUAUGGAGAUGAAGGUCGCCAACGACAAGACCGCAGAGAUGAGCACCUCCAGCAUCAAGGGUAUGGAGAUCAACGCCGCCCACUCUUUCGAUGAAGAAGACAACUGGUCCAUCCUCAGCUCCACCAGCUCAAACGAACCAUCCGUAACCGAAGAACAACAUUUCAUCUCCUCCCCUCCCCCAACUUCCCCCUUCUCUGACACCGAAGUCGAAUCAGAAGCCGAGUCAGAAGAAGUCGAGUCAGAAGACGAAAGCAUCUGCGAAAGCGACGACGAAAGCUGCCACUCCAUCAGCAGCGACAACGAAAGCAUCUGCGAAAGCUCCUACUCCACCAGCUCAAACGAAAGCACCUGCACAGAAGAACAAGAACUCGACCACGCACGCAAGUGCGAAAACUUGGAAUCUCUACUCAAAGACUUCCAGAACGAAAUCGAAGAAUGCUGGAGUGAGCGAGUCCAACUUGUCGAUGAACAGGAAGCUAUACUGAAGGAGAAGAAUGACCUUGUGUUGGAAAAACAUGACCUUCUCAAUGAAACCAACCUUUUGCUCAAGCAAAAGAAAGACCUUGUUGAUGAAAGGGUGGAGCUUUUGGAGGUUGUGGAGGGACUUACCGUGCAGAGGAGCACAAAUGAGACAAGUAGACGCUUGGAGAUCGGAGACUUGAAGUCCAAGCACUCGAAGGAUCUGACUACGCUGCAACACGUCAUCAACGAAAAGACCACCAUGCUUGCCGAAAAGCAGAAAUUGCUAGAGGUCGCUGAAGCACUGGCCAAAGAGAACAGGGAUGAAGCUGCAAGACUGCGUCUGGGGAUCGAGGAAAACGAGAUGGAUCACGUCACGGGCAUCAGCGACCUGGUACAAGUCAUCCACGACAAAGAUCUCGUCCUCACCGAAAGGCAAAAAUCGCUGAAGGCCGCUGAAGCACUCGCCGAACAAAAGAGCCAAGAUGCCGAAAAAUCCAACUUGGGAAUCCAGCGUCUCAGAGAGCAAGAAGUUGCGACUUUCGACUUGAUGCAAAAGACCAUCGAGACGCUGAAGAGCGAGCACGCUCAAGAGCUCAGAGAUACUCUCACCCACUUCGAAACCUUGGAAAACGUAAAGCAGCAGGAGUUCCAGAUGUACCAGCACGAGUCCGAUGAGCAAUACAAAUAUCUCAAGGAUACUAUGGACCAUGUCGAAAAGGAGCGUUCCAAGACCGUGGCCAGCUCCAAACAGGCCAUCAGUGACUUGGAGAUGGCAAAAAGCGAAUUGGCACAUACCAAGGCAUGGUGCGAUGAGGUGCAAGACGAACUUGCUCUAGCACAAAAGGAACGCGACGACCUUCGCACGGAGUUGGCUGACGUCAAAGUCGAUCGCGAUGAAGUCUGGUCCACGACAUACGGCCUCGACUUGGAGAUGAUUCAAAUGGCAGAUCUUGCCUGUGAGAAGGAGGAAGCCGAAAAGAAGCUGCUCGCCGUCCAGGAAGAGCUCGCCACAGCUAAUAGCGACUUGGCACGUACCAAGGCACGCUGCUACGGAGUGGAAAUGGAAUGCGUCGACCUCCGCUAUGAGUUGUCCGAUGAGAAAACCGACCGCGAUGAACUCGAGGCCGAUUUUGCAGAUAUUGCCUUUGAACUGGAAGAAGUCGAAGAGAAGCUGGACGGCGCCCAUGAAGAACUUGCCAAAGCCAACAUCGAGUAUCUCAAGAUCAAGGAAGAGCUCGUCACAGCCAACAACAAGGGUCUCAAACUUGAAGCAGAGCUCCAGGAAAAGACCAACAACUAUCGUGAACAUCUGUCUGUGGUCCGAGAAGAACUCACAGCCGGACUUCGUGAUGCGAGAGCUACACGCGAUAGGCUCAUAGCAAAUGUGAGCGCGGUGAAGGAUCUUAUCGAGGAACAUAGAGAAAACGACCCGAAGCGACCCACCACUGAAGAGAAGCUUGCCACAGCCAACAAAGACUGCCACAAGCUGGAAAAAGAGCUUGAGAAUCAGAAGUUCAACCACAGACAGCAUCUUGACCAGAUGACCGCCUACCAACACGAGCUCAAAGGAGACUUAUAUGAGGCCAAGAGCGAGCGUGACACCUUGCAGAACCGACUGGAUGCAAUCGACGAUGCACGCAACAACCUCGAUGAAGAGUUGGAGGAGAUCAAGUGUCAGCGCGACGACCUCCAGAGAAAGUUCCAAGACAUGAAGAUCCUGCACAACCAGCAUCUGGAUGAGAUGAGAUCGGAUUUGUCAGAGACCAAGCUUUCUCGCGACGCAUACCAAGAACAACUGAGGCAAUCCGCCGCCGAUCGCACCGCGCUCAAGGAGGAACUUGUGAGGGUCAUACGUAACGUCAGAUUUGGCCGCGAUGUGGACGACCUGACGACUGAACACACCAGUCUCGAGGUGGAACUGGAGAGCAUCGAGAGUGAAGACCAAGACCUUACGAUCAAGCAUGAUCAUCUCAGGAUGGCGCUGGAGAAGGCACAAGCGCUUGAGGAGGAUUACCUCAACCUCCAGUCUGAGCUAAACGACGUCAGAAAAGAAAUGGAGAGGGUCAAGGGCGAUCGUAACAGCCUCCAAGGAGAGCUAAAUGAUCUUAUGAUCAAGCACGACAUCGUCGAGGAGAAGCUGGAAGAAGCCAUGGCGGCAGGCAACUCUUUGGAGAACGAGAUGGUCGACCGAAUCCACAAAGAGCAGGUCGAAUUGAUGGAGGCCAAGAAGAAGUUGCAAACCUUCCAUUUCAUCUUCCCAGUUGUUGAGAAAUACUCUGGACACGAGUUCGAACAGAGCCUCACAAAUGCGGCAGAUGACGGUCAUAUCAGCAUGGAGAAGCUGGAGACCUAUGUGUUUAGCAUGAUGGCAAGGCCGGAGAAGGAGCUGUAG